CAUGUCUCUCAUGCUUGUCGUUGUUAAGAAUCAACAGAAAGCGAUGACUUCGCCGGAAACCGGUAACGACGACGGUUCUUCUCCUUUUGGAGUGAAGAAAUCGGUUCAGGUUCAACGGAAAGGAUUGGAAGGUCGAAUGGUGAAAUCUCUCUGCGAUAACAAGGACGAAGAUGAAUGUGUAAAGUCUAGGAAGAGGAAGCAUUUAAGGAAGAAAUUAUCACCGGCGGCGUCGGAUAGAUCACCGGAACUGAAAAAUGAAGAAAGUUUUAACAAGUCAGGUUCUGAAGAAUCAUCGUCGUCGCAAUCGUUUUCGUCCUCAUCAUCAUCGUCGUCAGAUCAGUCGUCGGAGACCGAAGGUGUACCGGUGGGGAUACUAGUGGCGAGAAGCGAAGUAUUCGGACGUGAAGAGGUGAUACGGAGAUUUCCGUGCCUCUCGCAUGGUUCCGCUUCUGUAUGUGGCAGGAGAAGAGAGAUGGAAGAUGCGGUAAUGGUGGUUCCGGGGCUUCUGUCCGGAGGCUUUAUACGGUACGACUUCUUUGGGGUGUACGACGGGCAUGGUGGUUCGUUGGUAGCGAAUGCGUGUCGAGACAGGUUACAUCGAGUGCUGGUGAAGGAGAUUGAAGGCCGGGAGGCGUUAGAUGGGACGGCUUGGAGGCAGGGAAAUGAUGAGUUUGAUUGGAAGGAAGUGAUGGAGAGUUGUUUUGCUAAGAUGGACGACGAAUUCAAAGGAAGUGGAGUGGAAGAUGAUUCGGCAUCGGAGAGAACCAUCGGAUCAACGGCGGUGGUGGCGAUUGUUGGAACUGAAGAUCUUGUGGUUGCUAAUUGCGGCGACUCCAGAGCAGUUCUUUCUCGCGGAGGGGUUGCAGUUCCACUCUCUCGUGAUCACAAGCCUGAUAGACCUGACGAGAUGGAGAGAGUAGAAGCUGCGGGUGGAAGAGUAAUAAACUGGAACGGUUACCGUGUCCUAGGAGUACUUGCUACUUCUAGAUCAAUAGGGGAUCACUACCUCAAACCAUACGUGAUUUCAGAGCCAGAGGUUACAGUACGCAAGCGAACCGAGGCCGAUGAAUUCCUGAUAUUAGCCAGUGAUGGAUUAUGGGAUGUUAUGUCGAAUGAAGUUGCGUGCAAGGGUAAGAAGAUGCUUCGAUGGCCAAAUGAUGAAGAGAUUCUCAAAGAUGGGAAAGGGAUUGAAGGGAGGUUGUGCUGGUGAGGCAGCAGCCGUGCUCGCCGAGCUUGCAAUGGCCAGGGGAAGCAGAGAUAACAUUAGUGUCGUAGUAGUAGAACUGAGGAAAUUAAGCAAGAAGAAUGGCUUCUCUUGAAA